GAAAGAAGUAUGGGUACACUUUUUAAUGACACUGAUUCGACAGAAAGUAAACUCACAAGCAGUAAUAAUGAUAAAUCAAAAGAAAUAGAAGAUCUUUAUACUGAUAAAAUUCGAGAUGGUCAAUGGUUUUGGAACACAAAUACCGAACAGAUCUUUUCGGAGGAUUCAACAAUAGUAGCAGUUGGCCACGCUUCAGCAAAAUCAAUUGUUCCACUUGAACUUUUACGAUAUAUAUAUUUACAACCUCACGAUCGAAUAUACGAUCCUAAAACACAUACAAUAUCUUACCUUCAAACAAGAACUUAUUUACCUGUAAAAUCUUUACCACCGAAAGAAAAAAAGAGAAUAUUGGUUACUGGUGGAGCUGGUUUUGUUGGUUCACAUUUAGUAGAUCGACUAAUGUUAAUGGGCCAUGAAGUAAUUGUAAUCGAUAAUUUCUUUACCGGUCGUAAAAACAACGUUGCUCAUUGGAUUGGACAUCCAAGCUUCGAACUUAUUCGUCAUGAUGUCGUUGAUCCUUUCUUAAUUGAAGUUGACCAAAUUUAUCAUUUGGCUUGUCCAGCUUCUCCUCCUCAUUAUCAAUAUAAUCCGAUCAAGACUGUAAAAACUAGUGUAAUGGGUACAAUUAAUAUGCUUGGUCUUGCUAAGCGUGUCUAUGGUGACCCCGAAGAACAUCCUCAAGCAGAAACUUAUUGGGGUAAUGUUAAUCCAAUUGGCCCAAGAGCAUGUUACGAUGAAGGAAAAAGAGUCGCAGAAACAUUAACCUAUGCUUAUAUGAAUCAAGAUUGUGUUGAUGUUAGAGUUGCACGUAUUUUUAAUACUUUCGGUCCUCGUAUGAACGCAAAUGAUGGCCGUGUAGUGAGCAAUUUUAUCAUGCAAGCAUUAAAAGGCGAAGAUCUUACAAUAUACGGUGAUGGUUAUCAAACUAGAUCUUUUCAAUAUGUACAUGAUUUAGUGGAUGGUUUAAUUUUGUUAAUGAAUACUGAUUAUAAAGAGCCAAUUAAUUUGGGGAAUCCUGAUGAAUAUACGAUACGUGAAUUUGCAGAGUUGAUUAUAAAUGAGGUUAAUACUUCAUGUAAUAUUAAAACUUUACCAGCUCCAAAGGACGAUCCUAAAAAACGAAGACCGGAUAUUACAAGAGCUGAACAAAUUCUUGGGUGGAAACCUAGAUGGCCUGUGAAGCAAGGCAUUGGAGAAACUGUUAAAUAUUUUCAAAGGCAAUUAGAAGCAGGCCUCAUAUGA